AAAAGCAGCUAAGAUAGACUAGUGAAUUUUCCCAGUCUUACCAACUCAGCCCUCGUAAACACACUGAAGUUGCACAAGCCCAAGAGGUUUAAGCUGAUGUUCUGUCAUUAACACUGUGAGGAUCAAAGGGGUGAUGUUUUACCCUCUCUGCUGACGUGUUAUCACACCGAAUACUCAGUAUCGUCAAACAAAUACUAGCGUGAGCGUGAAAAAACGCAAGUGAUUCAGGUGGGAUCGAACCCACAACCUCAAGACUAUUUGAUGCAAGAGCUGUUCUAGAAUACAUUUUGUAGUGAAUUGUAAACAUGGCGAUGUUUUCUUGGACUUCUGGUUCUGUUUUCUUUAUAAUAUUUCAACUUUUCGUUUGUCCUUCGAAAGCUCAACAUGAUAUAGUUUACAACAUAGAUGAGGAAGAGCCCGUGUUUUGUUUGGUAGGAAACCUUGUAGAAGAUUUAAGACUUCAGGUCAGUUCUGGCGCCUCCUUCAGUAUUUUAGAAGAAGUCGAUUCAGUUCCAUUUGCUGUCAACUAUGAUGGUGUAUUGUAUACAACAGAGGUAAUAGAUCGGGAGGUUGGCAAAUGUAGUGAAAAUCUCAACGACGACUGCCAAUUCGAUUUGAGAAUUUUGAUCACAGACGGCAGCAUGAUAAAAGUAAAAAGGGUGUUGAUUAAGCUUCACGACAUUAAUGAUCACAAUCCUAUAUUUCCAUAUACAGUCUAUCAUAUAGACGUUUCUGAAUCCGUAGCAGUUGGUACAGAAAUUCCAAUGGAAAGCGCUUGGGAUGCAGAUGUCGGUGUGAACGGCAUUCACACCUACAGCCUUGACAGUACAUACAAUGAUAUGUUCGGUGUUGUUAUGACAGUUACUCUCGAUGGGGCAAAGACUGUUCACCUAAAAAUCAAACAACCUCUUGAUAGAGAGACCAGGGUUCUGUACAUAAUAGUUCUUAGGGCGAGUGACAACGGAACUCCAAGAAGAGAAGGAACAGCACAUGUCUAUCUGAAUGUCGUCGAUUCUAAUGACAACUCCCCGCAAUUCACGCAAUCCGAGUACAGAAAAUCUGUGCCAGAGAAUGUGCCAGUUGGAUAUGAAAUCCUCAAUCUACACGCAGAAGACACUGAUGAAGGCAAUAAUGCACAAAUUGAAUAUACAUUUGGCAGCAGUGUUACUUCUAUUGUGAAAGAACAUUUUGAAAUUGACCCAGAUGAUGGCGUGAUACGCACAAUAAAGAAUCUAGACCACGAGAGAAACAGCGUGUUUGUAAUGAUAAUAGAAGCGAAGGAUAAAGGUCAGAAUUCAAUUUCUGGAUUUACUACCGUUACCAUAGAUGUUACAGAUGUGAACGACAAUGCUCCUGUUCUUGAGGUAAGCUAUUCAGCAGAUAUUUAUCGGGAAGGCAACACCAUACGGAUACCAGAAUCAAUCAAUGUGGGAUUCUUUAUUGGGCUUCUCUUGGCCUCUGACGCAGAUAGUGGUGAGAAUGGCCAAUUUGAUAUCACCAUCGAUGGAACACAUGGUCAUUUUAAGUUUAUACCAGACCCCUCUGCUCCAUUCGAUUUCGCUUUUACAGCAGGAUCUGAAAUAGACAGAGAAAAGAUACCUGAGUAUAAUUUGACCAUCAUUGCGCAAGACAGGGGGAACGAGAACAAUAGGAAAACCACUGUCCUUCAGAUAAAUAUCAUUGUGACGGACGUCAACGACUUCACACCAUAUUUCACAAGUCCAGUAAACAGAUUUGUAAUGCCCGAAAAUAAUGAUCUUGGCUACUCUGUUGACACCGUGAUUGCUAUUGACAACGAUGAAGGAUUAAAUGCGGAGAUCGUUUAUACACUUGAAGAAGCUGCCGGCUACUUCCGGAUAGAUCCUUUAAGUGGAGAAAUCACUGCCAUGCAAUCCAUAGACAGAGAAUCAAACGCGUCUCUCUCAUUUUAUGCUUCUGCUUGCGACAAGGGCACACCACAGCUUUGCAAUACAACGUUAGUCGUAGUGCAGAUUUUAGAUAAGAAUGACAAUCAGCCGUAUUUUCUCCAGGAAAAGUACAUCUUCGAAAUUGAAGCGAACGCAGCCGCAUUAACGUUGAUUGGUCAAGUCGCUGCAACGGAUGAAGAUGUAGGAAUGAAUAGAAAAUUGAGUUACUCUUUGUUAGAAUCUAGUGAAAAUUUUAUUAUUGAGCGCUUAACCGGACAAAUAUAUAGCAAAAGACAAUUUGACAAUGAGGAAAAGAAUAACUACAGAUUGACAGUGGUUGUAUCGGAUUCUGGCCUUCCAGCUAAAACUAAUUAUGUUAUUAUCGAAAUUCUCAUCAAAGACAUUAAUGAAAAUGCUCCAUUUACUGCUUUCCCAACACCAAUCAAUGACAUAUUUUUCAUUCCUGCAACUGCACCAUCCGAUUGUUCGGCAAACGAGUCCCUUUGCCUCCAAGGUAUGUAUGUCUAUGAAAAACAACGAGUGCACUUUUUAUAAGAACAUAUUUUAUAAAGUUUUGUCAAGAUUAUCAUUUUGUUUUUCAGAAAACAGUUGCAUGAACAUUUAUAGUCAUUUAUUUAUAGUCAUGUGAAUAUAUAUAGUCGUGAUGUGAUUUCAUCAUGACCAUAUUUAGACAUGUCACAUGUUUUUUGUCAAAUCAACUUUGAUUGUCCGGACAGGGCUUAAUAACGCGGCUAAAACAGUAACUGAAGAGCCCUAUUGCAAGAGUAGCCCAAGAGUAUCGUCGAGCCCUUGCCGCAUACAAAUGCAUACUUAAUGCCAUCCUCACCAAAAAUGAUCCUGUACGCGAAUCCAUUUGUGAAUAUUGUACAAUUUAUUUUUUUUUUAAAACUGUAAUCUAUAGUGCUAUACCCUGAAGGGCAUCAUCCUGGUUCUUAGUUCUAGUUUUGGGGCAAGAAUAUUGAGCAAUAAUACAUUAUUAUAAUACACUGGAUACAUCGUACUUUUAUUAAAUUAAUAUAUCCAAUGUAUACAUCUGUUUCCAUCGGCCAUUAUUAUUUCAGAAUCUAGGUUCGGAGACUAAAAUACGGUAUUAAUUACUUAAUGGAAGUAUAACGUAAAGUACCAAUAUAAAAAUAUGAUCAUUUGAAGAGCAAGAAACCAUCAACAAAAUAACAUUAAUAAUCAUGUGAUGCGUUUGAUUUUGGUAGGUCUUUACCGUUUUAAUUAUUUUGUCAGUUCUUGGUUUAUUGAAGGCAGAUAGACGACGGAUUUACAAGGUGAUACUAAUAGAGCACUCAAAUCGGGGUCUAUCCAGGUUUUUUUUUGGUUUUUUAGUUUUUUGGGGGUUUUUUGUGAAGGUGGGCGGGAAGGGAGGGUUGCAUUGUUUGAAUGAGUUUGAUUUUAUUGUGGUCAGAGAUCCUACCCGGAAUACAACAAUUACGACGAUGUAAUUAUGUUGACAAGGAGUGAUGGAGACACUAAACAUAGCGGCCAAGUGCCUUGAGAUUCCACCCACCACCAUAAUAUCGCCAUGGUUGGGGCAGAAAACGCAAAAGUGUCUUAAAAUAAAAAUAAUUAAAAAAAACCAAACAAACUUUAUCCACCUCCAAAAGAGUAAAGCGGUAAAGUCGUUACAUUAGAGAAAGGACAGUUUGAAUGGAUUUCAAACCUGUUUAUUUAUUAUUUUUAAGUUAUUAACAAUUUUAGAUUAUAAUAUGCAGUAAAUUAUUACUAUCAGUCCAGAUUUGUAUCUAUGCAUUGCUUAAUAGAUUUCCUAUAAAGUAGCGGAGUGCAAUUGUUUUUUCCCAUACAUUUAAGCCAGAAAGUAUAGAGAGCGCUAUUUUAGUACACUUAGGUGAACUGAUAUGAAUAUGCAUGAUUGACCCCUCGCAAAAGAGGUUGUUUUCAGUGGCUUAUCGAGUAAAAGCUGCAGUACUUACGCGAGGGUGAAGCUACGACGACGUAGGCUAAAACUCUAAAAUAGGUCUUGUUAGUCAAGACAGUUUGAAAAUUAAUGGACUGUUGUGAUAAUAUCUCUGUGACUAGACACAGUUUACGUACAGCAUGGUCUUUGAAAGUAUAAAAAACACAGUAAUAUUGAAUCUGGCUAGGCCUAUUUGAGAUGCGAUGUAGCAAUUGUAUUCCCCUAUUUAUACGAGUACUGAUUCUUAAGUUUCUCUUUAUUUUCACCUAAAAUACAUGACAUUAUUUUUCCAAGGUUCAAAAUAAUAAAUAUACAUACACAUAUCUAAAAGUUCAGAAAUGCACGGACGCAAUAAUUACGAGUACUUCGGACACAGUUAUUACUUACAAUGUUUCAAUUAAAAAUGUUAAGUAGAAAAAAAAAAAUCACUGUCUAUUAGCAGACAUGACCAUUUAUUGGCUAGUAAAGUUUAAAGAUUUUUUGGGUAGAAAUGUCUGUAAAUCAGGAAAUACACAUCGAUCUGUUUUUGAUCGUUGAAUGAGCAAUUCAAUUAUUUAAUUUCAAUGGUUUUUAAUGUUUUAUUGAUUUUGUCAAAACAGUCUGUCAUAUAAUCAGUGUAUAGAAUAUCGUCGGUUGGUAAAAUGAAUGAUUAUAAUAUCUGCAAGUACAUCUAAGUCUAUUACUUCGUAUUCAUAUUGAAUGUGAAUAAAAUGUUUUUUAAAAAUUGUCAUUGAAACUAUACUAAGAAUAGAGGGAUGUAACGAUUGGCGUCACGUGACCUAACUUGGUUGUUGAUAUUGUAACGGACCUGGUCCUUACAGGAUGACCACGAGGGCCCUGUGACUUCAGCAACACAAAUAAACUAAAUAGUAACGAACUAAAUUAUAAUUCUCUUUUGAGUUCAACUCUUUAUUCAGUACCUCAGAUUCAGUAAAUAAUUACAACUAGUCUUACGGAUCAGCCGCUUUACUACUGGUAGUCAAUGCAACCGUCCAAGACGAAUUCUCAAACAUUAAUCCUUCCCCUCUGCCUAACUGUAAGUAGUUAAUUUGCAUAUCUUGGCC